CUUCAACUUUACUGCUUCACCACAUGUGGUGGACCUACGGGCCAGCUAGCGCUUUUUGGCGAUGCACGAAGGGAAACAGCAUUACAAAUUCUAGUGCAUGUCCUCUGCAAACCUUUUCGUAAAUCAUUCAUCCACGCAAGGCAACAUUUGGCUUUGUCUCUCGAACGCUGUCCCGAGCGACCACCAUACUUUUCCGCCAUGGCGUUCAAGCUUCCCCCUCCUCCUUGGCAAAGCCCCAGCUGGCAUGGCGCACCGCCCGCUUUGGAUGACAUCAUCGCCAGCCUGGAUGAGCAGCGACAGGCUCGGGAACUGGCCCUGCAACUCAGGCUUGGCAUUCAAGAUGCCCAGGCAGAGUUCUCUUACCUGCGACUGAAGGGACUGAGGGCCCUGGCAGCGACAGUGGCCGCCUGUCUCGCGGAUUCAAAGUGGACCAGGAGGUUUAGAGAAGCGCAGCUUAGUCCUGAGUUGCAAAUUGUCCCCUGCCUCUUCUCGCAUUCUCUCGCCCCACCCCCCCGCUCCCAGCCCCCCUCCCCUUCCGGCAGCCCCGGUCGAGUCCUGGGCCAGCCUGCCGUCCCUUUGAGCCCCCCAGGGGAGGAAGAAGUCGUGGUGGCCUUGCAUCUGCUGCAGGGAUGCUGCUUGGUGAAUGCAAUUUGCAAAGAGCAGGCAACAAAGCGAGGGGCUGUGAAGGCUCUGGCAGAGCGCUUGCUAGCUGCCACGGUGGUGCCAGUGAGGGUGGCAUGCUUAGACGCUCUGCUGACACUGCUCAUUGGCAACCCGGAGAAUGUGCAGGAAUUUAAACGGCUGGGCGCCCUUAAGCAGACAACGGACCUCGUACAAAACGCGCAUGUCUUGGAGCAAGUACGGCUCAAAGCUCUGGAGUUCUUGGCCCUAUUGCUAGCUGACGCUUCUCACACCGCCAAGCAGUACCCUGACGGGGCCGAGGAUCUUCCGACAGCUUUUGAGGAGGAGAUCCGCACCGCACUGGGCACUGUCGUUCUCAAUCAGCUGCAGCAAGCAGUAGAGAAUGGUGCCUUCAUUGAAGGAAGACUGGAAACGCUUGCACAGAGCAUCCUCCAUGCCACUGUAUAGGUCUGCCGCGGUCAGGUGACUGCGCAACGAUGUAGAGCUUGCGCACACGCACCUGUUUCGAAAAUAAAGUCGGGCACUUUAAGCGAGGUUAAUUGGUAAUUGCUGCCUAGCAUGUAUUAGUGGCGGUCCUUGUACUUGCAAAAUGACUCAAUUGAGCGACUGAAGCCCACGCGUCGCGUGCCUAGCGGUGGGCCAGUUUUACCCCGUCCAUAUGGUGCGGAUAUUGUCCUUUGAAUUAAGUUGAGCGGGUGCUUUAGCCGGC